AUGAAAAUCGUCGUCUCCCUUCUCUUCUUCAACAUGACUGCUCUCCUUAGCUUAUUCAACCACGCAUUUGCAGACGCUUUGUGCAGAGAGAGCGACAGAAGCGCCCUCUCGACGUUCAAGAACGAUCUAGAAGACUCCAGCGGCCGCCUCUCUUCAUGGCGCGGCGCCAACUGCUGCAAUUGGGAAGGAGUAAUCUGCGACAACGCCACCGGCCGAGUUCGCCAGCUCCGCCUCCGCAACCCACACGACAAUCCCUGCGCUCACCGGAGCUACAGCGCAGCCGAGUUCGAAGCUUAUCACAAUCACAAAUUGGGGGGGAAAUUGAAUCCAUCUCUCCUCAAUUUGGAGUUCCUAAAUCACUUGGAUCUCAGCUGCAACGAUUUCCAAGGCGCGCGCGUCCCAGAUUUCAUCUCCUUCAUGAGAAAUCUACAGUACAUCGAUCUCUCCAGCUGCGGGUUCCACGGCGUGAUCCCUCAGCAAAUUGCGAAUCUCUCGGGCCUCCGAUAUCUGAAUCUCGGAGAUCCGUACCCAAUUUUUCUCGAGAGUACGCUUAGGGUUAGCAAUUUGCAGUGGCUUUGGCACCUUUCUUCAUUGGAGCACUUGGAUUUGACAGGAGUCGAUGUGAGCAAGGCGAUUGAUUGGCUGCGAGCAGUCGAAAAUCUGCCUUCUUUGCUCGAGCUUCGUCUCUCGAAUUGCGGCUUACAGGCUAUGAUUUCGAGCAAUGUCGCAAAUCUCACACAUCUUCGUGUUCUUGAUCUUUCCUGGAACAAUUUCAACUCAUCGCUGCCUCGCUGGAUUUACAGCCUCGCCAAUUUGGAGCACUUGGAUUUGAGUCACUGUGGAUUCUACCACCAGCUCCCUACCGGCUUGCAGAACAUGACGAAGCUUGAAUACCUCAACUUGUCCUCGAAUGAUUUCAGCUCCGAUUUCCCGACAUGGAUAAGUAGAUUAAGCCAUCUCAAGGUUUUGGCAAUUGCAGACAAUCUCAUUGAAGGCGAACUCUCUGAUACUAUAAUGGAUAAUUUGACAUCUUUGGUGAAUCUCGAUUUGUCUCAGAACCGAAUUGAAGGAAUGCUGCCAAAAUCUCUCAGCAAUCUCUGUAAUCUCGAAGAGAUGUAUCUGUACACAAACAGAUUCUCUGGGUAUUUACCGGAUUUCUCCGGCUGCAUUUCACAGAAUCUGCGAUUCUUGUACUUGGGUUUCAACAAUCUUUCAGGUCCAUUGCCGAGUAAUCUCAAGCAAUUAGUUAAACUGAGAGAGCUAGACCUCACAGGCAAUAAGCUCACCGGACCUCUGCCUUUGAGCCUCCAAGAACUGCAGGAGCUCGAAUACCUGGUUAUAUCGGACAAUUUUUUCCAAGGAAUCGUCUCCGAAUCACACUUCAGAAACCUUUCAAGAUUGAAGAUAUUUCGCGCAAAUGGCAACAGUUUCAGCUUCGAGCCGAGCAGAGACUGGAUCCCGCCGUUGCAACUGGAAGGCUUGACGUUGAGAUCAUGGCGGCUGGGGCCUGAGUUUCCGCCAUGGAUCAAACACUUGAAGCAUUUGCAGUAUCUGAGCUUGGCGAGUACAGGAAUCGAGGAUGCCAUUCCUUCUUGGUUUUGGACGUUAACAUCGCAGAUGAAGUAUCUAAACCUCUCUAACAACAUGAUCAGAGGCCAAAUCCCGAGUUUAUUAGAUUUCGGUGUAAGCAGAAAUGUGGCUAUUGAUAUGAAGAAGAAUCUCAUCACUGGUCCAUUGCCUCGUGUUUCCUCAAAUGUGACCAUUCUCGACUUGUCGUUCAAUCGUAUUUCAGGUUCCAUGAAUAGCUUCCUCUGUGAACAUAAAAUGAGGCAUAGCAUGAGGCUGGAAAUCCUGGACCUCGCCUACAAUUUCUUGUCCGGAGGGAUUCCAGACUGCUGGGGAAACUGGUCGUAUCUGAGCGUGCUGAGGCUGCAGGCGAACAAUCUCACCGGCGAGAUCCCGAGCUCGAUGGGGCUCCUGACGCGGCUGCAAUCCUUGCACCUGCGCAGGAACAAAGACAUCUCGGGAGAAUUACCGCCUUCGUUGCAGAACUGCACCGGUCUCAUGGUGUUGGAUCUCGGCCGCAAUCAUCUCUCGGGGCGUAUACCUAUCUGGAUUGAUCGCCUCUCGGAGCUGGUCGUGUUCAACCUCCGUCUCAACGAGUUCUGGGGCGAGAUUCCGGUGGAGAUCUGCCGCCUCAGCCGUGUCCAGGCGCUGGACCUGGCGGGUAACAAUCUGUCGGGGCGGAUACCGUCGUGCUUGGACGGUUUCGAAACCAUGGCGGGGAGGCAGAGGCCGAGCGAUCGCAUGUACUACUCUGCGGAGGACACGUUUGGCGGCGUUCCCGACAGUCAGUUCCUUGUUGUGAAGGGGAGAUUCGGAUUGUACAGCAACAUUCUGCAUUGGGUGAUGACGUUGGAUCUCUCCGACAACAGCUUAACAGGGCCGAUUCCUGCUGCAGUAACGUCGCUUUCGGAGCUGCAGACGUUGAACCUAUCAAGAAAUUGUUUGAGUGGAAGGAUCCCUCAAGAUAUUGGCAGCAUGAGGUUGCUGGAAUCACUUGACCUAUCUAAGAACUGGCUGUCGGGGAAGAUUCCUGAGAGCAUUUCGGAGCUCUCGUUUCUGAGCAAUCUGAACCUGUCGUGUAACAGCUUGAGUGGGAGAAUCCCGUCGGGAACUCAGCUCCGAGGUUUCGAUGCGUCGAGCUUCAGUGGCAACGAGCUCUGUGGAGCUCCGCUGUCGGAGAGGUGCGAGGGGAGUGAGGGUGGUGAGGAUGAAGAGGAAGAGGAAGAGGAGAGGGAGGCGUCGAUAUUUGAAGGGGAGGGGUUCGGAUUGGUUGUAAGCAUAGCAGUAGGAGCCGUGGUUGGUUUUUGGACAGUUAUAGUGUCUUUGCUGGUGAAUGUGUCGUGGAGAAAUGCCUAUUUUGGGUUAAUGACAAGGAUUGGGAAUUACGUUUAUUAUGUGUGGGUGAAAUGCUUACUUCGGUGA